AUGUAUUAUUUAGUUAAUGUUUAUUCGCCCGGCUCUUUGGUGGAGAAGCGUUCGUUGUGGGAGUCUUUAAUCUCUUUAAAGAAUAUAUUUAAUGAUGGAGAGUGGGUGAUUGGUGGUGAUUUUAACUCUAUCAAGACUUGUAAUGAAAGAAAAGGGAGUUCGGUGAUUCGAUCUAGUUGUGAAUGGAGGGAGUUCGAGGAGUUUAUUGAUCUUUCCAAUUUGAUUGAUAUUCCUUGCAAAGGGAAGAAAUAUUCAUGGUUUAGUGGGGAUGGAAGAGUUUGUAGUAGACUUGAUCGUUUUUUAGUGGCGGAAAAUGUGGUUAGUAGAUGGGGAGUGAUUGGUCAAUUUGUGGGGGAUCGUGACAUAUCGGAUCAUUGUCCGGUGUGGUUGGUAUGUGAUAAUUCUAAUUGGGGACCAAAGCCAUUUAAAUUUAACAACGAGUGGUUUGCUAACAAGGAGUUCUUGCAUUUUGUGGAGAAGGAGUGGAAGUUGUUAUUGAUAGAAGGGAGGGGCGAUUUUGUUCUUAAGGAGAAAUUAAGACUUUUGAAAGAGAGGUUGAGAUGGUGGAAUAUCAAUGUGUUUGGAAAGAUAGAUUUGGCGGUAGAGGAAGGGGUUCGGAUCUUAAAUGAAGGGGAUGAAUUGGUGGACGAGGAGGACGCUGCGGUUUCCUUGUUAGAGGCGGAUAGGAGAAGGAGGGCAUCUAAAGAUUUUUGGAUGAAUUUGAAGAUUAAAGAGAAUAUGCUUAUUCAAAAAUCGAGGUUGAAGUGGUUGAAUGAUGGUGAUGCGAAUAGUAGGUAUUUUCAUAAGGUAAUGAAAGCUAGGAGAAGACGGAACCAUAUUGGCCCUUUAUUGACGGAGAGUGGUCUUGUUGAUUCGGUGGCGGAAGUGAAGGAGGAAGUCUUGUCUCAUUUUGCGAAUAAGUUUAAGGAGGAUGUGAGGGGGAGACCGACUUUGGAGGGGAUUUCUUUUGGGGUUUUGAGUAGGGAUGAGAAAGAAUCACUUGAAAAGCCUUUCUUGGAGGAGGAAAUUAAAGAAGCAAUUUGGAAUUGCGAGGGAUCUAAAAGUCCGGGGUGUUAG